CUUUCUGGAACAACCGACACGCAAUUGAACUCCCCUUUCCCUACAAUACUCCACCUGUUCUCUUCUCCCACCUUGAUCUUCCCGUCUCCCUCGAAUCAAGAAACUCUGUUCCUUGCUCCAAUUACUUGCAUUAAGCUUACUCUUGCGUUUUCCCCUCACCCCUCAUCACCCCCCCCAUACCUCAACGAUCAAGUAAGAAUGGCGACCUUCUUCGACACCCUUAAGAAGAGCUUCGUGGAUGUGCCCGUCAAGGAUGGCGACAAGAUCUCGACGACGGAGUUUCUGGAGGCGGCCGAGGGAUUGUUGACACUGUUCGACGUGUUGGGCAGCAUAGCGUUUAACCCGGUGAAGAGUGAUAUGGGCGGGAACAUCAAGAAAAUCCGCGACCGCCAGCUCGCUGCUCCCGCGCUCUCCGAGACACUUCAGGACCUUGUUAUCAAUGAGUUGAAGGAGAAGAAACAUGUUGCUACUGAGGGUCUCUUGUGGUUGACUCGUGGCCUCGACUUCACCGCCCAAGCCCUCCGCCACAACACCACAAACUCCACAAAGGAACUCGCCGACUCCUUCCGUGAAGCCUACGGCAAGACGCUCAAGCCCCACCACUCCUUCCUCGUCAAGCCCAUCUUCAGCACCGCUAUGAGCGCUACGCCAUACCGCAAGGACUUCUACGCCAAGCUUGGUGACGAUCAGGCAAAGGUCUCCGCUGAACUCGAGAAGUGGCUUUCUGCGCUCGAGAAGCUACUUGCUACCUUGACGGCGUUCACCACGAGCAAGGAGGCCAAGUGGUAG